AUGGUUUUACAGGAAACUGUACUGUGUGCUACUGCACCGCAGCCAUCUGGUUCUGGUCAAGGAGCAUUUGUGCUGCAUGACCUGCAGGCGGGUACCACUUUGGCAACCUUCAGGCAAACAAGUUCUGCACCACACUGCAGUGCGUUCAUUGAGACAGCAAAUGGUCAGGGUGGUAUUAUGAUUGGGGCACAAAUGGACAAGUCCGUUCUUAACGUCUACAAUUUUCAACGUGAUCAGAUAGCGUUGAAGAUUAUCUUGCCGGAAAAACUAAGCUGUCUCGCUUUGGACCAGAGUGCCAAUUAUUGCGCUGGAGGUACCUCCCAUGGUCGAAUAUAUCUCUGGGAGGUUGCGUCUGGGAUUUUAUACAACGCAUGGGACGCGCACUACCGUCAGGUUAACGUGUUGAAGUUUACCGCCGAUGGUAUAAUGUUGAUAUCAGGGAGCGAAGACUCUGGUGUCAGCGUUUGGUCCAUUCCAAAGCUAGUGGAUCACGAGCUUCAAAAUGAACUGCCUUUGCCGCAAUUCACACUCUCAGACCACACUCUUCCUGUCACAGACGUAUUCUGUGGUGUAGGCCCGUUUCCAAAAUGCCGGGUAUUGACAUCAUCUCUGGACCACACCGUCAAACUGUGGGACCUUGCAACGCAGUCUUUAAUGACCACUUUCCACUUCCCAAGGCCCGUUUGUUGUGUAGUAUGGGAUGUAUCAGAGCGGAUGUUUUUUGCAGGUUCGCCAGACGGCUCAGUGCACCAAGUUAAUCUCUUUCGUGAACGAGACCACAAGUUUGGUGGAAAAGUCAUUGAAGCCAUCGGCGGUGCAGGAACAGCCGAUCUCGUUCGUGUAGACGAUCCAGAAAGCGUUGCCAAAACACGACUUAUCACUGUGGAGAGGCCUAGUCAACCAGUGACGGCACUUUCGAUAUCCAUAACGGCCUCCCUCCUUCUACCCCCGGACCUCGUCGGCCACAUUAGUCUCUCUCUGAAUGUUGCGAGUUCGGCAGAGGCAAAGGAUGUCAUUCCUAGGAUGAGGGACCCGAAGGCAAGGGAGGCUCAUGAAGUGACCAUGAUGUUACCUGUCCAAGACAAGACGCCGUACAAUAACGGGGUCGAAUACGACUAUCCGGAUACGGAAUUACAAAAUGACUACGCCUUCUUCGUUCGACCUGCCGAACAAGAAAGUUCUGGUCUGCCAUCUUCAGCUCGCGUCGCCGAGCUCGAGGAGGAAGUCCAGCAAUUGCGUGAACAACUUUCCAGGGCGAAGGGCGUCAACGAUGCUAUGUGGGAGACUGUCGUUCAAAAACUACUCUCCCAGGGCAAGCACAAGGAAUUAAUUGGAGAAAAGCCGGAUGUGGAAUAUGUUCCCCUGUCAGCGGAAGCGAGUGGUUCAGAUAGGAGUCGCAAAAGAGUCAGAAAAUAG